UGAUGUUCUGAUCUGGUCACUGCUUUUCUGCUCUCUUUAAUUUUCUCUUUUUUCUUUUCUCUCACUCACUUUCUCUCUCUCUCCUUCCCCCUCCACUGCACAGCUGUACUGGCAGACACACAUAUUCUCUCCGUUUCUCUAUCAACAUUGUGCUUCCUCAGUUUUUCACUCAAUGUUUUUUGUCGCUCCAGUUUUUCUGCGCUGAAGGCUGUACUCAUCGUCCUUCUACAGAUUAUUCUUCUCAUUCACCCUCUCCAUUCUACAUCUCCAUCAUUCUUUUUUAAUAAUCUUUUCAUCUUUUUCCAUUUGUGCUCAUCCUUUCCCAUCCCUUUUUUUCUCUUCCCUCUUUCUUGUCUUCAUCCUGGUCUCAUCUCCACUUCACUGCCUGUUAUUUUCUCUUCUGUUCUUUCUUCAAUGGAGGCUGAGGCUCUUUACAGUUUCAGAGCGAGUGAAUGUGAUGAACUCAGUUUCCAGAAGGGUGACAUCCUGAAGGUGACAAACAUGGACGACGAUCCAAACUGGUACACAGCUGAGCUGUUGGGUAGGCGGGGCUAUGUACCGAAGAACUAUAUCAAUGUAAGACCUCACACGUGGUUUGUGGGUGGAAUAUCACGGCAGGCUGCAGAAAACCGCCUGAGACCGCUGGAGUGUGGAGCAUUUCUCAUUAGGGAGAGCGAGAGCACACCGGGAGAGUUCUCUGUGUCUGUCAGUUACGGGGACCACGUGCAGCACUUUAGGGUUUUGAAGGAUGGAUUAGGGCAGUACUUCAUAUGGGAUGAAGUCUUCAGCUCCCUCAACCAGCUGGUGGACUUCUACAGAAUCAACAGCAUUGCCAAAGAGAGGACCGUCUUCCUGCAAGAGCCCGAGGGAUCAUUAGCUAGGCCACGCCAUGCCCAUGCCCUCUUCGACUUCACAUCUCAUCAUGCGACUCAUCUACGUUUCCUGCGCGGUGAUGUCAUUGAUGUGCUGGACUGUUCGGACGCUCAGUGCUGGAGGGGGCGGUGCCGGGGAAGAGUGGGCGUUUUCCCACCAGAGUAUGUGCAGCCAAUUUACCACUGAACUUUAGCUAUACCCUGAGACUUACUCAUCCAUUACACACACUCUCCAUAAGUCUGAAGGUGAACUAAGUCAAAUGCAUCAAUGUUUGGUGUAUCAGGUGAUUAAGGUUUGAAUUAAACCUUAUGUGUCAUGGUCAGCAUUUGCCCAUCAAUCUCUUUGUAAAUCAUUUUUUAGCAAAUCAGGAAGCAAUUCUAACUUGUCAACAAACCAGUUUUGUAACACCCUUAAGGAUUAUAACAGUUGACUAUUGAGUGACAUUUACUCGCUGAUCAGCCAUCAUCUGAGCUUCCUGUCUAUUCUUCUUUCAAAUACUUUCAAGUCCUUUCAAAUGGAAGGAGUUUUAUUGCUCUUAAUUAAUGUUUUUAAUUGAUAGACAUAAAAAACCAUCAUUUUUUUUUCACACCUACUAUAUAUUCCCUCUUUUAAAGUGAACAUUCAUAUUAAAGUUGUACAUACUUGGAAAAUGUUCUUUCUCUUUUUUUUUAGAAACAUACAUUAAUGGCAAUUUUGGUGAUUUAAAAAAUCCAAUCCUAGAUUGAUAUUCAGAGACAACGUUAAAUAAUUUGCACAUUGAUUUCUUUGUAAACACUGUGGCUUUGUGGUGCUAUAAAAACAUUUGCUCAGCCAAUGGCGU